AUGGAAAUUAUCCGACGUCGACUUUCUCUCCCUCUUAUUGUUCCUUCAGCGCGAGAAGACCGAAGCCCUUCUCGAAGAACCAUGACUAUUCGGACAGCAGACACCCCAGUGAUUGCCAACUUUCACUCGCCAGCCUCACCCACAGUACGCUUUCAAAACCCCAGAGACUCCACGGACGCCCGUCCUAAAGCGGCCUUAACAACAUUGACACUCUUGGGUGUUAUCUACACAGCGAGUAUUAGUGGUGGGUAUGGUCUGGAAGAGUCGGUGAGCGCGGGUGGGCCACUUCUUAGCAUCAUAUUUCUCUGCAUUAUUCCAUUUGUGUGGGGUAUACCCGUCUCUUUGUGUGUAGCAGAGUUAUCUUGUGCUAUUCCAUCAAAUGCAGGUCCUAUAAUGUGGGUAAAUGUAACCUUCGCUCCAUGGUUUACAUUUUGUACUGUCCUAUGGACAGCCUUUUUAAAUUUUGUGGAUAACAGUUUGUAUCCAACUGUACUUGCGGACUACAGUGGAGCUCUUCUACAUUUAAACUUUUUAGAAAAAGCUAUAAUAAAAGUGGUAUUUUUAUGGACUUGUGCACUUAUUAAUAUGGUGGGGGUUUACCUUGUUGGGGCAUUCAGCGUAGUAGUAAUGCUCAUAACAUUAUUACCCUUCCUUCUUAUGUUUCUGUUACAACUUCCUCAUGGAUUUGAUUGGGAAAGAAUUUCCUAUAUACCUCCACAAAUUAAUUGGUCAGUAUUUCUUCCAGUUGUCGCCUGGAAUUUUUCUGGAUUUGAUAGUGCCGGUAAUGUUAUUGAAGAGGUAAGUAAUCCCCAUCAAACCUUUAUUCGAGCCUUAGUAUUAAUGAUUAUUUCUGCAUUGGCCACUUAUAUUCCUCCUAUUUUAGUAGGAGCAAGCGCUGAAGCCCUAAAAGAUACUCCUUUUGAUAAAUGGGGUAAUGGAUUUUGGGUAAAAGUAGGAGAAGCAGUUGGUGGAUACGGUAUGGGAAUUGUUGUGAUGAUUGGAGGUACUAUCUCUACUGUUGGUUUAAUGACGACAUUAUUAACAACAACAUCACGUUCAUUAGCAGGAAUGGGAACACUUAAUGCGUUUCCCUAUAUUUCUUCAUGGUUAUCACGUUAUCAUCCCAAGUAUGGUACUCCUAUUAAUGCAAUAAUUGUCAAUACGACAAUAACAUGCAUUCUUUCGGUAUUUCUUUCUUUUGAAACACUUGUUGAAUUAGAUCAAAUUUUGUACUCUUUACGUCUGAUAGCAAUUCUAUUAGUUUUUUUGAGACUACGUUUCAAACAACCAUUUUUAGAACGUCCUUAUAAGGCGCCUGGGGGUUUUAUUGCCUCACUCUUUUGGGGUGGUGUACCUAUUCUAUUUAGUACUUUUCUCAUAAUAGCUUCUAUGUUUGGUAGUUUCUUGCUCUUUUGGAGUACCAUUGUGCUAGUUAUAGGGACCAUCGUCAUCUCCUACUUGGGUGUGCGCUACUUUAAACCAGAGGGAUUUGAGGGAAAACUAGUAGAGGAAUAUGAAGAUUCGGAUAUGCAAACGUACGGAACUGUUUUGGUUUCGGAGUCUAAUGAAUGGCGUAAGAUGCAUCCACACCAUACUUUUAUUGACCAUCUCGACAGGGAAGAAACCGUGAAAUAA